AUGGAGCUCAUAACGCCGAGUCCGUUCGUGAGCCAGGUCAUCUUGCAACUGUUCCGUUACACGGCUCAGAUCCCCAACAUCAAGCUGAUCCGAACCUCGAGCCGGAUAGUGGAGCGUGUUUCGAGCGACCGCGAUGUGAAUGGCGUCCGGAUGAGCUACCUCGUCCGCUGGAGUGGCUAUCCACCGGCGUGGGACAGCUGGAAGCCCUGUGCCCAGCUGAUUGUUGAUGUCCUUGGUCUUGUCGAGCAGUACGACGAGACCCACCCGCUGCGUUUGAAGAAGGGCCGUCGGAAAACGACCUCCCCGAACGCGAGUACAGGGAUUGCAAGGUGUCGAUUCCUUCGGCAAUCUCAGAAGAUAUGCAACCUGGACACGAAUCACCCCACGAGAGACAGGGUAAUCCUGCCUCUCUUGAAAGCGGUGCAACUUGUACCGUACACCGACUGGGUUGCGCUUCUCAAACCUGAUGCAAUCUGCACCAAGUUUACUGAUCCAGGCCUCACGGCAAAUGCACUCGAUGUUAUGGAUGAGGGCAUUCCAUCCCUGCACCAAGGCUUUGCCGUCUCGAACACGGCUACCCUUGUACCACCGAUGUUUAAAGAACGCAUCGGUGAAGAGUUCUUCCUCAGCACGGAUAGUUUCCGUGCUGUAAUCAGGUGGGCAAAUCCUCCUACAGUCGAACAACGGGAUUCGAUCCCGUUCGUUAGUCGUGCCGGCCAACCGGUACAACUCCCUGGAUGGCGGCAUCCACGGAGACUCCACUUGAGGAGCGUGGCGCAAGAAAUUUCGGUCCCUGGCCUCUUGAUUGUUGCCAGCGUGAGCUCUAGCACCAGUGUUACCCCGAUCCCUUGA